GUCUCUCAGUAGAUUGGGUAAGAUAGGGAUUUGGAAGAUUUUGGAACUGGGAAAAGAGAGAUACAAACAAAAGAUGAUCUCAGUAGAGAAAGCAAUGGAGUCAGAUGAUAGCAGACAAGCUCAAGGUCAGGAGCAGUGCCGCUCACUGUCCCUGGAGUAGCCCUUGGGCUCUCCUGCCCAUACGCAUUUGGCCGUGCUAACCCCCUUCCCCAGAGAGCUUUGCCCAUCAUUCUCCUACUCUCUCUUCUGUCCAAACUGUCAAAGUCCACCUCCUCUGGAAAGCCCUCCCCACUUUACCUUACCUGGAAGUAAUCUUGGCCUCAUAUCUUACCUGCUCCUUGCUUGUUUACUACUAUUCCCACAGUAGAGGGAAUAGUAUUCGCAUAGUACUGUACUGACUCCUUGCUUAAGAGUUUAGUACUUGCUGCCUUAUAGAAUGGAUACGAAUUUCACCUAUUAGGCUGCAUAUUCCUCAUAGGCAGGUAUUGGGCUGUCUUUUUGUUUCAUUUCACAUUUCUUGCUCUCAUUUAGAACUCUUAGCACAGUGACGAGUCAAUGAACCACAUGGUUCCAUUUUCUCUUGGUUAUCGUAACUGUCAAAGAGGGCAAUUACUCUGUUUUUCCUUAUCUUCCUUUUUAUUUCUUUUUCUGAAUCGAGACUUGUUGAAAUUCAAUGACUUAACAAAAUGCCUAUGAAUUUGGGGCUAAAACAAUACUAUUGUGUUAAAGAUUCGGAAUGCUGGCAAAGGCUACGCCAACAAGAAGGACUUGUCCAUUUCUCUUCUGCACACACUAUCCCAGGCUUUUGUUUUCCCUAUGUUUUCAUUUGCAUUUAAAGAAAAAGCAGGGAGAGAUUUUAAUGAGGCACUUGACUCCCAGAGAGGGCAAACAGAAGACAUGAGCGUCAGGCUGAGGUUACUGUGUAGCCGACCCAGUUGGCCCCCCGGAUAAUGUGGAGCAAAGUUCUGUGUUUCCAAAGCACUCUUCUUCCAAAAUAUGGCCACAGUGGUGAGGAUGGCAAUGGGUAUAUUUUCUGACAUUGUUCUGAUGGGAGAAAUUUAAGUUAGAUACAUCUAACUCCUCAAGGGACCAUGCAGAACUAGGAUUCAGGCCUUCUAAACCCCACUCAAUGGGUGUAUGACAGGGCUUUGGAAACUCUAACUGGGAAGAAAGUCUUUUCUCCUCCCAUGAGAGGGACUAGGUCCGUAGUGAGAAACCCACAUGUGCAAUAAUUGCCUUUCCUUAGAGACCACUUUAGCCAUUGAUUAGUGUCUUCUCCAAAGAGAUUUGUGUUGGAGCCCACAAGAAGAGGCUGUCCCUGCCUGGAAUUGAACAAAAACCAGAGUGAAGAAUGCAUCCUAGUCAGAUUUUGCAGAUCUGGAAACCAAAAGAAUAAAAUGGCAUCUUUGGCAGAAAAUAACUGGCUAGAAGGAUCUUGAGGAUGGUAGGGUUCAGGGAUUGACUUUCACUCCACAAGGCUAUUAUUGUCCCCAUAUUGAUUCACACAUUGUUUGUGCAAGUGUGUGAGGAAUGCAGGGCAGAGGACACCGUGGCUCCGAGAUUUGCUUAGCAUUAUAACUGAGCAGGUCUGCAAAGGCAACAAGAACCACCCACCUCCUGAUGCUCAGCACGAUACUUUUGCCCUUACACCCUUAGGACUUCUCCAGGCAAUGGGCAAGAAAUGAUCUUUUAGAUAUUAAGGAAAAAUAGUAGACAAAGAGAGAAGAGGACCUGCCAGCUAAAGAUGUGGAAUUCAGGUGAAGAAACUGAGCUGGUUUUCUUGGUUCUUGCCCCAUUCACAUCUCCAGAUCCAAUUUCCUUUAAUUAUCAUUUUUUCCAGUCGGUCAGUCUGACACGAGCAUAGCUGCCAAAGUCUUAUGCUUUAAAGAUGAUGAUCCGGUGUCCUUUCUAUCCUGCUGCACUACAACUCUGCCAAAGAACUUACCGUUAGCUCAAAAGCCUCUAUCAGCCUUCAGGUAUUAAUAGACUGCAGAGCUGGUAUUUAAGUUUGUUUAAUUAAUGGUGGACCCCUUCUGAGUAGGGGCUGUUGGAAUAGCCAGGUGGUGCAGCGAAAUCUUGUUAUAAGCUAUAUAGAGCGUCUGUGUGCAGUUUUGUUCCUAAUGGCAGUUCCACUACUUAUGAGCUCUGCAACCUUGGGAAUGAUACUUAAACCCUUUCUUUCUCAGUUCUAUCUAUAAAAUGAGUAUAAGAAAAGUCCCUGCCGCAUGUAGUGGUUGUGAGGAUUAAAUGAGUUAAUAUAUAAAUCAUUUAGAAGAGUGUUUAUUGGUUUUAUGUUAUUAAGGGCAAUAUUAGUUUUUAUAAAACUGUAUUUGGUAAAUGAAGAGGCUCUAAUUAAGACAACAGCCAUCUGUUAAGUAAGUACAUUGUUAGGCUGAGAAUAGAAGUGUAAACCCAAGAAAGGCUUAUGACCUUUGUGACUGUCAAUUUUAGUGAGUUCUUAGACUUCAGGCAUUUUCUGUUUUUAAACACUUUCACAAAUAUAAAAGUAAUCCGUUGAACAUGUGUAUAGCACACUUCCCUUUGCAAGAUGCUUUAUAUAUCAUUUGGUAACUUUAUUCCAUGAGAAAAUAUUAAGCCCUUACUAUAUGCUGAGCUUCAGGAGCACAUGCUCUGACCAAGGAAGGCAGACAGGAAAGAGUUUUCCUGUACAAAGUGCAAUCUGGGCUGAGAUCUGAAGGUAGGGUAGGUAGCAGCUGACAAGGACUUGGAGGAUGCAAAAGAGAAGGCAUUUCAAGCAGAAAGGGUUUGUCCUGCUGAAAGUCAGAGAUGUAGGAGAACCUGGGGGAGAUUAGAGAAGGUGCCAAUAAUCCAGUACAUUUGGAGAAAAGUGUGAGAGGGUGAGUUGUGGCUGUGGGUAUGAGGAUUUAGAAGCAAAAAAGGAGCAUGAAGAAAUAAGCAGAGGAGAUCUCAUGGAGGGCAUGUCCAACAUGUGGAGGAGUCUAACUAAUAUCCCAUCCUAGAUUACAGUUAUCCUUUGCAUAUUUUGAUAUAGCUAGAGGCAAAUAAUGUGAAUAUUUAGAGCAUUAAAAAUAUAAAUAUUUAAGGUGAUGGACAUCUAAUUACUCUGAUUUGAUCUUUACAAAUUAUAUGGAUGCAUUAAAUUAUCAUAAGUACCUUCCAAAAAUAUCCUCUCUAUGAUGGGCACCAUGGCAGCGUUUCUAACAGGGGAAUCAGAGGUGAUCAAAUUAAAGUCUUAGAAUUAUCACUCUGAUCAUAGUGAGGAGAAAGAAUUUGCAAGGAGCAAAUAUACAGACAAGGAGAAUAGUUAGUUCCAUGGCUGUUGUUCUAAUCCAGAUGAGAGCUGAAGAGGAUUUGAUAUCAGGGAGGAGCUGAGGUCAUGGGGAAAAAGGGACAGAAUCCUGACACGGAUAUUCCCAUGGUAGACAAGGGUCCAUGUGUCAGCACUUAGUGGAGCAGUAAGGAAGUUUUGGCUCUGAAUGGCUCUGGCUUGCAGGGCUCACACAGCUACUUAGCAAUAGAGGGAGAGUGUGCACCCCUGUUCUGAUAAUGUUGAACUGUACCUGUUUUCUUGACAUGCUAAGAUGACUCUAUGCCACAGGACUCCCUUGAUGGCAGGAGCUAAGAUCAGUCAUCUCUGAAGCCCCACAUAGCAUCUGGAAAAUAUAUAUAUGGAGGUAGGGGGUGGGGAGAGAGAGAGGGAGAGGGAGAGAGAGGGAGAGAGAGAGACAGGUUCUUGCUCUGUCACCCAGGCUGGAGUACAGUGAUGCUAUCUUGGCUCACUUCAGCCUUGACCUCCUAGGACCAAAUAAUUCUUGUGCCUCCAUCUCCUGAGUAGCUGGGAUUAUAGGUGCAUACAACCACACAUGGCUAAUCUUUUUUUUGUAUUUUUAGUAGAGACACAGUUUUGCCAUGUUGGCAAGGCUGGUCUCGAACUCCUGGGCUCAAGUGAUCCAUCCACCUUGCCUCCCAAAGUGCUGACAUUACAGAUGUGAGCCACUGUGCCUGGUGUACCUGGCAUAUUUUGUCCACAGUAUAUGUUUAAUAAAUGUAAACUAGAAAUACAGGCAAAUCCUAUUUGCAACUUCCUAACUUGCUUUCCAUUCUACAUGUCUCAGGGAUCACUGGCAUCACAGCAGAGAUGAACCUCACCUUGGUGACUGAGUUCUUCCUCAUUGCAUUCACUGAAUAUCCUGAAUGGGCACUCCCUCUCUUCCUCUUGUUUUUAUUUAUGUAUCUCAUCACCUUAUUGGGGAACUUAGGGAUGAUUAUUCUGAUCUGCAUGGAUCACCGGCUCCACACCCCAAUGUACUUCCUUCUGAGUCACCUCUCUUUCAUGGACAUCUGCUACUCAUCUGUCACUGUCCCCCAGAUGCUGGCCAUGCUGCUGGAGCACGGGGCAGCUUUAUCCUACACAUGCUGUGCUGCUCAGUUCUUCCUGUUCACCUUCUUUGGUUCCAUUGACUGCUACCUCUUGGCCCUCAUGGCCUAUGACCGCUACUUGGCUGUGUGCCAGCCCCUGCUUUAUGUCACCAUCAUGACACAGCGAGCCCGCUUGAGUCUUGUGGCUGGGGCUUACAUUGCUGGUCUCUUCAGUGCCUUGGUGCGGACAGUCUCGGCCUUCACUCUCUCCUUCUGUGGAGCCAAUGAGAUUGACUUUAUUUUCUGCGACCUCCCUCCUCUGUUAAAGCUGGCCUGUGGGGAGAGCUACGCUCAGGAAGUGGUGAUUGUUGUGUUCGCCAUUUUUGUCAUCCCUGCCUCCAUGGUGGUGAUCUUGGUGUCCUACCUGUUUAUCAUCGUGGCCAUCAUGAGGAUGCCCUCUGCCGGAAGCCGGGCCAAGACCUUCUCCACCUGCACCUCCCACCUCACUGCUGUGUCACUCUUCUUUGGUACUCUCAUCUUCAUGUACCUCAGAGGUAACUCGGGCCAGUCUUCGGAGAAGAAUCAGGUAGUGUCUGUGCUUUACACAGGGGUCAUCCCCAUGUUAAAUCCCCUCAUCUACAGCCUGAGGAACAAGGAAGUGAAGGAGGCCCUGAGAAAAUUUCUCAAUAGAGUCAAGUUGUCCUAACCAUCUCCAAACUUGGAAAAUCCCGAGAACCACCUACUCUGUAGUGUCAGCGUUCUGGAUGCUCAUUAUUUAUAGCAUGCUCCAUGUUUAAAUGAAUAUAUUAUGGUACAAGGUGUAAAAAAGAACCAGAACUUUUGCAGGGAGAGGAAGAAAGACAAGGAAAAGUCAGUCUGAAAAGAGAUUGGAGUGGGAGUCUUGACUCCCAGGACAAGUGACAAAAGGAUUUGAAAUUAAAUCCUGUGAAAUUAAAUCCAAAUGUGGCACACCUCACCUGUCUGUGAUUAUAACAGUAGGUUUUUUUAAAGAAAAAUUUUAAUGAAAGAUUUUAAUUAUAUAAAAAUGUUAAAAAUAAUGUAUAAUAAAUUUCCUAUACUCACUACUAAGAUUGUGUAAUUGCUAAUAUUUGCUAUCUCUACUUGGUUACAUAGAUGUAGUCUAUCCAUGAGUUUAUUCAUCAUCAAACCACCUUUUUUCCACCUUUCAAGGUGAGUUACAGACAUCAGCAUUAGUACCCUUUGCUUCUAUGCACUUUGGAAUUAUAGCAUCAAUUAGGAUUCAAUAUUUAGAUUACAUUUAUUUAUUUAUUUAUUUUAUUAUUUUAUUUUAAGACUAGUCAAGUGCAGUAGUGAGAAGGGGGAAAGAGUAGAACAAGGAGUUUGAUCUGUGAACAAUCAAUUGAGGCAACACACUACCUUCAGACCAGCCUAGAUUACGUUUAUUUUUAAUGAUCAAACUAUGGUUGUUUGAUGAUCCUAUUAGUAAAGCUGACCCUGCUCAAGGUAUUCUUUCAUAUACUGGUAGUAGUUCUCAAGAAGCCUUCAUACAAAGUUCUAAACAAUGCCUACAAUGCCUAUAAAAACAUGUCUGUCAAUUGCUAUCACCUCUGGAUAUAUGCUAUGUUUUUUUGUUGUUGUUGUUGUUCUCUACCUAUUCCAGCUCUCUCUUGUCCUAUGGCAUAACUAAAAAUCCACUUGGCAAAGUUAUACCAUUCCCACUGCCCAUAAUGGUGUGUUCAGUGUCUGUAUCAUAGCUAUUGACUCUGUGUUCUCAAAGCUCGCCCUCAGGGAGGCAGAACAUUGCUGAAUUCCACAUGGGGAUAGACAGGAGGGUGAUCCUUGCCUAUCCUGGGUCCCUGAGCUCUGCAACAGCUCAGCCUGCAUCCAAAGCCUCACAAAAUCUGUCUGUUCUUAAUUUUUACUUCUCUAAUUACAGAGGACUUGUCUCAAUCAAAGGCACUGGAAGGCAAUAGGCUCCAUCAAUUCAUCUUUUCUUCAUUGAAGCAAAUUUUUAUCCUGGAACUCACACUUCUUUUCCUGGAUUACCAAAAACAAAACAAACAAAAACAAAAACCAACAACAAAAAAACCAAAAACUCUGUAUGUGAAUGAUGUAAACAAUUGCGGAAGGGGAAAUGUGGAGAGAGGGGUGACAGUAUCUUCAAAACCUAGGCUGAUUUAAACUCAGCCAGGCAAAAAUGCUGUGGCAAACAUGGAAUUUCAGUUACAGGACCUUAAAUGGGAAGAAGCAGAUAUGUGAAAGGUAGGAGAUUCAGCACGCAAGUGCCAAAGGAUAUUCAAUAGAAGGUGAUUUAUAACAAACUAAAACAUGCCCGAAGCUUUAAAGACAUUAAGUUUAUUCUAGAAGACAGGAUAUUAAAAAUAUAUAUAUUGAAAUUUUCACAAGAAAUAUUUUAUCCCUUUUAUAGUAUUUUGUCUGGUUGUUAAAACCCAGGCUUAAAAUGUAUAGCUUCACUAAGGGGGAUAUUAAUAAAUGGUAUAUGUGUCGAUUGUUACAGAUGGUGUAAAAAAUGUUAAGGAAAUGUAAGAAAGCGUGAAUCAGUUAUAUGAAAUUCCAUCCUGGUUGGAAAAGGCAACGUUGUGUCUGUGUGAAUAAGAACAGUAUUCUAAGGGGUUAUUUGCUCUCUUAAAUCUACCAGAAGUUGGGAAGUACACAAUGAAUGGAAAGGGGGUACUAAGAAUAAGUUGCCAGGUCUAAGAAAAAAAUAUAAUGCUUCCUUCUGAUUAAAUGAAAAGGCUGUAGGAACUAGUGGUUGUGUAACCCCACAUUGUAUAUGGAACAUCAUCUACCUUUUAGUCUAUAAGUAGAGCUCAGGAAAAGUUUAAAAAAUGCUUUCGGUUUAUAUAUGGAAGGUGAGUAAGGGUUCAAUUAGGAAAUUUUUAAGAAAAGUUGACAAUAGGGAAGUUACCUGAUUGUAAAUGGGUGUUAGUAUUUCCUUACAUUUUGCUACACCUUGUGUUGAAUUCAUUCAAACAAAAACCCUCUGAUUCUUUUUGUUCAGUUAUUGUAAUUCUGGAAUGGGAAUCCUACCAUUUCUGACAACAUGGAUUAACCUGGAGGAUAUUAUGCUAAGUUAAAUAAGCAAGUCACAGAAAGACAAAUAUGGCAUGAUUUAUAUGAAGUAUCUAAAAAUACUAGGUUGGUGCAAAAGGAAUUGCA